AUGUUCCUAGUCUCUCACGUUGAUCAGCGUCACAUUGGGAAGUGGGUUGAGCGCGUGGACAAGUUGCGAGACAUGAGGGGUCAUAUCACGGAGCAAGAGUACAUGGACUUCAAUGUUUUUCUCGAGCACCUGGACAAGUUGGAAGUGGCGAUAAAUCUUGUCAUGCAAGUGCACGGUGUGGACAAAGAGCAAUUUUGGCGCGCGGCGAAAGCAGCAAUGUGUGGAAACAAACACACUAACCCCGUCACUCCUCUGCAGAUCGACAUUCUGUUUGCUUUGUUUGACCUUGAUGGCGAUGGACAUUUGUCUACGACGGAGUUUAUCGAGGUCAUGCGAACACGCAAAGACAGUGGAUUGAACGAACCCCGUGACACAGGUGUGUUCAAUUUUCUCAAACGCAUCAAACAAUGUAUCGAGUGCACCAUGUGA